GCCAAGAUGGCGGCGCGGCGCGCGACGGGGGCGGGGGGCGACGGGGGCCGGGGGGCGGUGGGACGCUGACCCCGCCUCCUGCUGCUGCUGCUGCUGGUCUGCGCCGGGCGGCGGCGACGGAGCCCGAAACAUGGCGGCAGCGGCGCGCAGCUUCGGGCCGGAGCGGGAGGCCGAGCCGGCCAAGGAGGCGCGCGUCCUGGGCUCUGAGCUCGUGGACACGUACACGGUUUACAUCAUCCAGGUCACUGAUGGCAGCCACGAAUGGACAGUCAAGCAUCGUUACAGUGAUUUCCAUGACCUGCAUGAAAAGCUCAUUGCAGAAAGGAAGAUUGAUAAAAAUCUGCUUCCGCCCAAAAAGAUAAUUGGGAAAAAUUCGAGAAGCUUGGUGGAAAAGAGGGAAAAGGAUCUGGAGGUCUAUCUCCAAACACUCCUCGCCACCUUCCCUGGCGUGGCCCCUAGAGUGCUGGCCCACUUCUUGCAUUUUCACUUCUAUGAGAUAAAUGGCAUCACUGCAGCACUGGCAGAGGAGCUCUUUGACAAAGGAGAACAGCUCCUGGGGGCUGGCGAGGUCUUUGCCAUUGGACCCCUACAGCUCUAUGCCGUCACAGAGCAGCUGCAGCAAGGAAAGCCCACCUGCGCCAGCGGGGAUGCCAAGACUGACCUCGGGCACAUCCUGGAUUUCACCUGUCGCCUUAAGUACCUUAAGGUUUCUGGCACAGAAGGACCUUUGGGGACCAGCAACAUUCAGGAGCAAUUCCUGCCUUUUGAUCUGUCAAUAUUCAAGUCUCUUCACCAGGUGGAGAUAAGUCACUGUGAUGCUAAGCACAUUCGUGGACUGGUAGCAUCAAAGCCCACCUUAGCCACCAUGAGCGUCCGCUUCUCUGCAACCUCAAUGAAGGAAGUCCUUGUUCCUGAAGCCUCAGAAUUUGAUGAGUGGGAGCCAGAAGGCACAGCCCUGGAGGGCCCUGUGACUGCCAUCAUACCCACGUGGCAAGCACUGACCACGCUGGACCUGAGCCACAACCGCAUCUCUGCAAUUGAUGAGUCUGUGAAACUGAUUCCCAAGAUUGAGUUCCUGGACCUGAGUCACAACGGAGUGCUGGUUGUGGACAAUCUGCAGCACCUGUACAACCUCGUGCAUCUAGACCUGUCUUAUAACAAGCUGUCCACCUUGGAAGGGGUUCACACCAAAUUGGGAAACAUCAAGACUCUGAAUUUGGCAGGCAACCUCUUGGAGAGUCUGAGUAGCCUGCACAAACUCUACUCCCUUGUCAACCUGGAUCUCAGCAACAACAGAAUUGAGCAGAUGGAAGAAGUCAAAUGCAUAGGCAGCCUCCCGUGUCUUGAGCACGUUGCCCUGCUGAACAACCCUCUGAGCAUCAUUCCCGACUACAGGACCAAGGUGCUGGCUCAGUUUGGAGAGAGGGCCUCCGAGGUCUGUCUGGACAGCACAGCAACUACAGAGAAAGAGUUGGACACUGUGGAAGUGCUAAAAGCGAUUCAGAAAGCCAAGGAGGUCAAGUCCAAGCUGAACAACCCUGAGAAGAAGGUCAGUGAGGACUCCCGGCUCUUGGCUGCUCCUGGUGUCAGACCCAGCAGCUCCCCGCCCACCGUGGCUCCGAGCUCAGCCUCUCUGCCCCAGCCUAUCCUCUCCAACCAAGGAAUCAUGUUCGUGCAAGAGGAGGCCCUGGCCAGCAGCCUCUCAUCCACUGACAGUCUGACUCCUGAGGACCGGCCCAUCGCCCGGGGAUGCUCUGAUUCUUUGGAGUCCAUCCCGGCAGGACAGGCUCCCUCUGAUGAGUUAAGGGAUGUGCCAGGAGCCGUUGGUGGUGCAAGCCCAGACCAGGCAGAGCCGGAGGUCCAGGUGGUGCCCGGUUCCGGACAGAUCAUCUUCCUGCCCUUUACCUGCAUUGGCUACACCGCCACUAACCAGGACUUCAUCCAGCGCCUGAGCACACUGAUCCGGCAGGCCAUCGAGCGGCAGCUGCCCGCCUGGAUUGAAGCUGCCAACCAGCGAGAAGAGGGUCAAGGCGAGGAGGAGGAGGACGACGAGGAGGAGGAGGACGUUGCUGAGAACCGCUAUUUUGAAAUGGGGCCCCCAGACAUGGAAGAGGAGGAGGAGGGAGGCCGGGAGGAAGAGGAGGACGAUGAGGAGGAAGAGGAGGAGGGCGAGGAGGAGCGCCUGGCUCUGGAGUGGGCCCUGGGCGCAGACGAGGACUUCCUGCUGGAGCACAUCCGCAUCCUCAAGGUGCUGUGGUGCUUCCUGAUCCACGUGCAGGGCAGCAUCCGCCAGUUCGCCGCCUGCCUCGUGCUCACCGACUUCGGCAUUGCUGUCUUUGAGAUCCCGCACCAGGAGUCUCGGGGCAGCAGCCAGCACAUCCUCUCGUCUCUGCGCUUUGUCUUCUGCUUCCCGCACGGCGACCUCACGGAGUUCGGCUUCCUCAUGCCGGAGCUGUGCCUGGUGCUCAAGGUGCGGCACAGCGAGAACACGCUCUUCAUCAUCUCCGACGCCGCCAACCUGCACGAGUUCCAUGCGGACCUGCGCUCGUGCUUCGCCCCACAGCACAUGGCCAUGCUGUGCAGCCCCGUGCUCUACGGCAGCCACACCAGUCUGCAGGAGUUUCUCCGCCAGCUGCUCACCUUCUACAAGGUGGCGGGGGGCUGCCAGGAGCGCAGCCAGGGCUGCUUCCCCGUCUACCUGGUGUACAGCGACAAGCGCAUGGUGCAGACGGCCGCCGGCGACUACUCGGGUAACAUCGAGUGGGCCAGCUGCACGCUCUGCUCGGCCGUGCGGCGCUCCUGCUGCGCGCCCUCCGAGGCCGUCAAGUCUGCCGCCAUCCCCUACUGGCUGCUGCUCACGCCCCAGCACCUCAACGUCAUCAAGGCUGACUUCAACCCCAUGCCCAACCGAGGCACCCACAACUGUCGCAACCGCAACAGCUUCAAGCUCAGCCGCGUGCCCCUGUCCACCGUGCUGCUCGACCCCACGCGCAGCUGCACCCAGCCCCGGGGCGCCUUUGCUGACGGCCACGUCCUUGAGCUGCUUGUGGGCUACCGCUUCGUCACCGCCAUCUUCGUGCUGCCCCAUGAGAAGUUCCACUUCCUGCGCAUCUACAACCAGCUGCGGGCCUCACCGCAGGACCUGAAGACUGUGGUGAUUGCCAAGAUGCCUACCACUGGGGACCAGUCGCAGAGUCCCCCUGGGGAGGGGCAGCCUGCCGAGGGCAGCGCCAGCAACGACCAGCGACCCCAGGAGGCCUCAGUAGAGGCUCCAGCUCCAGGCCCAGUGGAGGCACCAGCUCUCGCCCAAGCAACCGCAGACUCCUCAGCUCUGGCCCCAGCAGAGCCUUCGGUGCCAGCUUUGGUCCCAGUGCGGGCCCCAGCAGAGGCCUCCCCAGAGGAGACCCCAGCAGAGUCCUCGUCCCUGGCACAAGCAGAGGCCCCUGCCCAGUAUCCGAGCGAGCACCUGAUCCAGUCCGUCUCGGAGGAGAACCAGAUCCCCUCGCACCUGCCCGUCUGCCCGGCACUCCGGCACAUUGCCAGCCUGCGGGGGAGCGCCGUCAUCGAGCUGUUCCACAGCAGCAUUGCUGAGGCUGAAAACGAGGAGCUGAGGCACCUCGUGUGGUCUUCAGUGGUGUUCUACCAGACCCCGGGGCUGGAGGUGACUGCCUGCGUGCUGCUCUCCACCAAAGCCGUAUACUUUGUGCUGCACGACGGCCUCCGCCGCUACUUCUCAGAGCCUCUUCAAGAUUUCUGGCAUCAGAAAAACACUGACUAUAACAACAGUCCCUUUCACAUCUCCCAGUGCUUUGUUUUAAAACUCAGUGACCUGCAGGCAGUCAACGUUGGGCUUUUUGACCAGUAUUUCCGGCUGACGGGCUCUUGCCCAGUGCAGGUGGUCACAUGUUUGACUCGGGACAGCUACCUGACGCACUGCUUCCUCCAGCACCUCAUGGCUGUGCUUUCCUCACUGGAACGCACACCCUCACCUGAGCCUGUCGACAAGGACUUCUACUCUGAGUUUGGAAACAAGACCACAGGGAAGAUGGAGAACUAUGAGCUGAUCCACUCAAGCCGUGUCAAGUUCACCUACCCCAGUGAGGAGGAAGUCGGGGACCUGACAUUCAUCGUGGCUCAAAAGAUGGCUGACCCAGAGAAGGCGCCAGCCCUAAGCAUUCUGCUGUACCUGCAGGCAUUCCAGGUGGGCACACCCCCACCUGGGCGCUGCAGAGGCCUGUUGCGCCCCAAAACACUCCUGCUCACCAGUGCCGAGAUCUUCCUCCUGGAUGAAGACUUUGUCCACUAUCCACUGCCUGAGUUCGCCAAAGAGCCACCACAGAGGGACCGGUACCGGCUGGACGAUGGCCGUCGUGUCCGAGACCUGGACCGCGUCCUCAUGGGCUACCAGCCCUACCCACAGGCCCUCACCCUGGUUUUUGACGAUGUGCAGGGCCACGACCUCAUGGGCAGUGUCACCCUGGACCAUUUCGGGGAGGUGUCAGGUGGUCCGGCCAGAUGUGGCCAAGGUCGAGAGGUUCAGUGGCAGGUGUUUGUGCCCAGCGCUGAGAGCCGUGAGAAGCUCAUCUCUCUGCUGGCUCGCCAGUGGGAGGCUCUGUGUGGCCGGGAGCUGCCCGUUGAGCUCACCGGCUAACCCGGUCACAGCCAGCCCUUGCUGCUCACCAUGACCUGGCGGCCACUCGGGGCCGGGGCACAGGCUUUAUUUGUUUUUAAAAUGUUUUCUCCUCCCACUUGGUACCUUCACUGACUGUCCUCCCAAAGAAUGUGAACACAUGUUACUUCUUUCUAAUGAUGGGGGUGAAGGGGCAGCCCCUCCAGGGCUCUCUGGGCAUCGCCAGCCUCCCUUGAGCUGUUGCCCGCCCUUGGUGUGGCAUGGCCGGGCACCCCAGUGUUGUGUCUAAUGUUGUGGGGCCGUUGUUAACAUGUGGUCUGGUUUACCUUCACAUGUCUUUUCCUAAAAUGUCGAGUCCAGUCUUGUUGCUGUCGCUGUCAUUGUGAGCAUUUGCUGCUAAUUAUGAAGCAAAAUGCACAUUGGAAGCUCCCGCUCUGUGCAGUUUUCCAAAGUAGAGGCCUCUCCUGGUCUGACAAGUGGGGGAACCCUGUGGUGGGCAGAAACCCCCCCAGGCCUUGGAGCUGAGGCAGAUGAAGGCAGGGGGACCUAGAACUGCCAGCACCAAGUGUGAUUCCCAUUGCCUAUUUUCUGUGUUCCAAUAAAGCAGAGUUUGACACAG